CGCCCCCCUACAAAAUGGGACAAACGCUAAGAUGUUUGCAUGUGACGUUUGCAGUCAUCCACCAUUUGUCCACCAAAGAACGUCGUAUCCGAGCAAUAAGGGAGAUGGCGCGCACGCUGCGUGCGGGGGGCCGCGUCAUGAUCUACGUGUGGGCCAUGGAGCAGAAGCGCCGCAAGUUUGAGAAGCAGGACAUCUUUGUGCCGUGGAACCCCAACCCCCGCUCGCCUGAUGUGGGACCCCCGUCGCCGCCUCCGGGCCGGGCGACCGCCCAAAGCGCAGGCGACGACGGCGACAAGCACAGGAAGGUCCGAAGCACAUCAUCCGUGGCCGACGGGGCGCCGCACAGACUCUGGUUCUUCUCCCGCUCCCUGGACUCGGUCCUGGACUUCGGGAGCUUGUCCGUCUCCCGCUCGUCGUCCCGGGAGCUCAGCAGUUUAUCGGGCGGCGCGGCGGGCCCGUGGGGCCCGGGACGGGCCCUCAUCGAGCACUUCUCCAGCUUCUUUUCUCCGCCUUCCACGGUCGGGUCCGAGGAGGACGUCUUCGGCUCCGGCGCCGAUCUGCACAAGGAGCCCGAAGAUGUCAAAGAGGAGCGCGGUGGCGCCGGCGGCGCGGCCCUGGCGCCGGAGUGCGGCGCCCUGGCUCUGCCCGACCUGGUCCCUUUCCAGAGGGAGCGCUCCGGGCGGGAAAGCGCGGCGACCGACGGUUCCUGCCUGAGGUACUAUCACGUGUUCAGGGAGGGCGAGCUGGCCCAGCUCAUCGCCGAUCACGUGGCCCAACUCCGCGUCCGCCACGCCUACUUCGACCACGCCAACUGGUGCGUGGUGGCCGAGAAGGUGGAGCCCGGCAAAAUCUGAUCGGAUUCUUUUUUUUAGUUUUCUAUUUUGCCAUUUUUAUUGUCUGCCUCCGACUUUUAGCACUGAAAUCUCAGUUUUUAACUUUCACUUGAUGAUUCCAUGAACUCUCUGUUUUGACUUUUUUUUUUGAUGAUUUUAGGAGUUUACCGUUUUACAAACACAAAAGUUAUUCCGUGGCUACAACGCACGACUGUUCAUAUUUAUCUUAUUUUUUCGAAUAAUUUUGAGGGUGUUGGAUAGACCCGAUUUUAAAUUGUCCAACAAAGCCCCAAACAGAUUUCGCAACAAGGCAAUCUUGCAGAAAAUGCUCAACGUGGACACUAUUUAUUUAUUAUUAUUAUUUUAAAUCUGUCGGAAUUGAAACUUUAAGAACGUGGUUGGCGAAGAUGAAUCUAAAAAUCUUUGGGGUUUUGCUCAUGGAAGUGGCACAAGUCAAUAUAUUAGGCACACUGGGAGAGCCAAAGCAAUAAUGCUCAUGAAGGCUAAAAUCUAUACACACACUAUAGAAAACUGCUGCAAUAUUACCGUAGACGAAACGCACAAAUAUUGAGUGGGGAAAUUCGCGGGGGAAAGAAAGAUCUGCGUGCGAGUUCUAUGGCACUGAAUCCCACCCUUUUUGUAUUUUUUUAUUUUUUUAAUCUUUUUUUUAAAUUUUAAAGAGGUGAUGAGGAUUCCUUAAGUCUUACAAACGAGAAACGUUACUCUGAAGCUGCAAUGCAGAGUUGUUUGAUUAUGAUUUUUUUUUUUAAUUUGGGCAUUUGUCAGACUGACACACUUUUAAAAAAAAUAAUAAAACACCCAGAAUAAAAUGCAACAUCAAUAGUGACCACUUUAUUUCUCUAUUAAGGCAUGAUCAAAAUGUUUCAUCUACAAUCUAAAAAAAGAAGGGGGAAAAACAGUAUUACAGUUAUUAGACCCCGAAAGAAAAGUAUGACUAUUACUACUACAGAAUUCUGGAUUUGAUCACGAAUUCUCUGCUUGGGGUACACACAAAUGUUACACAAAAUUGUACCACACUUUUGGCAGAAAAUGCAAUGAAGACAUAGCUUAAAGAAAAAAGAAGUCAGUGCUAAAGAAAUGCGAGUGGGCACAAGUCAAAACAUUUGGCACACCGGCAGGAUCAAAGCAAUAAUGCUCAAAAGAUGACAACAAAUAUCUGAAAAUGAAAACAGAAAUUAGAUGGAAAAGAAUACAAGUUCAGAGAAAAAUACUUAAAAAAAAAAGCACAAAUUUUGGACCUUUUUUUUUAAAAUGAAUGUUUGUCUGCCUCUUGCGUUUUAACAGCUCAGCUUUGAGCGUGGCUGUCAAGGCAGAAGUUCGUCCGUGGCUGCAAAGCACGACUGUUCCUUUUUAUUGACACAAAGAAAAUCUUCAAAUCGUCGUGUGGAAACAAAGUGUUGGUUCCAGUUGUUGUUGUCGUCCGCGAUAGAAACGUAAUUUGUUUGUUUGGUUGUUUGUGGUUGCGACAACUUGCCGCCCCCCCCCCCCCACACCCCCGCACUGUGCUUUGACCCGUCGCAUGUGUGCGAGGCAAUGAAGUCGCAGACGCGUCGCCGCGUCCUCGUCGUCCUUACAAGCAGAAAAACUGCGCUCGCCCGCUUCUCAUACUGUGAAUCGACGUUGUCGCGCAUUGUGAUUUACAUGGAAACUUGAAACAUUGUGCCAAGGAAGUGUGUUUGUGCUGUCAACGCUGUCUGACUUUUUUUUCGUGAAUAAAAGGUUUUGUGCUGAG